AUGUCAAGCCAUAUUAUUGCGAGCCUUCAACCGGCAAAGGAAAGGUUAGUCAGUCUUCUUAAAGAAGUAAAUCAACUGGAGAUCAAAUCUCCAGAUCCAAGUAUGACAAUAGAAGAAAAAGAAGAUUUUUAUGUGAUAAGAAAAAGAGUGUUAGAAGAUAAACUUCGAAGAAUCCAAUUAUGCGUAACUACGCUUGAAUCUAUCAACGAUAAAUGGUUCACAUAUACUCAACAAAUCGUCACGAUGAAAAGAAGAGAAGAAGAGGAAGAAAAAUACAAAACAGUAACAGAAGGUGACCAAGGAAUAUUUCAAUUAUUACACAAAGGAAAGGAAGCUGUAAUAACACUGACAAUGCACAAGGAUGAAGUCGACCAAAACUUAAAACAACUCUCAAAGGAGUUGAGAACAAACAAACAAAAAAAGAAGCAAAAUUUACUCCUUCUUCAAAUAUUAAUGUAA